CAUAUUUAUGGCAAGCUAAUUGGAAUUCAAUCUUAAUCAGAUUCAAGUUGAAUUUAUUCUUAGCAAGAUGCCCAAAGGCUAUUCGCUUUUGCAAUCUAAUCUCCUAAAAUCCCGUGAAUAGAGAGUGGUAAUAAUGCCCCUCCUUAUUAGCGAAAUAGCCCAAAAAGGUUAACAAAUAUGAUGCCUCUUUCCAAAGCAACAAAUAGGAAGUGGUUGAAGACAAAAGCAAGAGAUCCCAAAGAAUUGCUCCAGUGCAAAAAGAAUAAGUCAAAAUUCCUUAGGAUGAUAAUUGCAAGAAGGGUUUGUACCUUCUUCAAAAGUUCAAAUCCCAUCCAGCAUUCAAUGAGAUCAAUGCUUCUGGGUAUUUAAAUAUCGAUAAAAUUGAAGCUUCCUUCAAAUAGGAGGGUAUUACUUACUUGUAAAUUAAAAGGUAAUUUGAUGAGUCUUUGGAAUCAAAUUAGAAUUGCAUUACAAAAACUAACUUAAUCUGCUACAUCUAGCUAAAUGCAGGAUCAAGUCACGCAAUUAGAAAAUCACUUUUAUCAUGUUUUUAAAGCAUUUUAAAAUGAAUAGAAAUUAACACCCUCAUCUACAAAGUAAAUCUCUAAAUCAGCCUAUUUAGAAGCAUCCCAACCACUAACAAAGCCAACUCCAACAAAGUUAAAGAACCUUAAUCCUAAAAAAAAUAAGAUACUCAUAUUUCAUUCGAAGAAAAAAGACAAUUAGGACAACACAUAAGAGAGUUGCCUCAAGAACAUUUGACGGGAGUUUGGGAGAUAGUGUAGUAAAGCGUUUAAAAUCAAGAAGCCGAAGAACUAGAAUUUGAUAUUGAUCAAUUGCCAGCCAAAGUCAUUCGCAAACUAUAAGAAUAUGUACAAUCUAAAUUGUAUCACAUUAAUAUUAAUACCAAAUAGAAAAACAAAAAAAGUAAAAGCUGAUCCAUCAAUCAAUUACAGCUCCCAAAAAUCCAACAACUAAGAAGAUAGUUCUUUUCCCUCUGAGUCCUCCGAUUGA